AUGUUGCGACAGAUAAAACCACGGAAUGCCCGCUCCAAGCGGGCCCUCGAGAAGCGCGCCCCCAGGGCUGUCGAGAAUCCCAAGACAGUCCUCUUUCUUCGUGGAACAACGUGCUCCCAGGUCGUCCAGGACGCCCUCAACGACCUGCACCAGCUGCGCCAGCCCCUCGCCAAGAAAUUCACAAAGAAGAACGCCAUCCACCCGUUCGAGGACGCCUCGAGCCUCGAGUUCUUCGCCGAGAAGAACGACGCCUCCUUCCUCGUCUUUGGCAGCAGCAGCAAGAAGCGCCCGCACUGCCUGACCCUCGUCCGCACCUUUGGCUACAAGGUCCUCGACAUGCUCGAGCUGUACCUCGACGGCGAGUCUUUCCGCCGCCUCGACCAGUUCCGCGGCAAGAAGCCCGCCAUCGGCCUGCGCCCCAUGCUGGUCUUCGCCGGCUCCGCCUUCGAGAGCACCGUCGCUAACGAGUACACCAUGGCAAAGAGCAUGCUGACCGACUUCUUUGCCGGCGAGCGCACUGCGGACAAGAUCGAUGUCGAGGGCUUGCAGUACGUCAUCGCCGUGACGGCGGAGGAGGACGGCAGCAGCAGCAGCAGCGCCACCGGGCUGGGCGACGGCACCAAGCCCGCGAUACACCUGCGCGCUUAUCUGAUUCGUACCAAGAGAAGCGGGCAGCGCCUGCCGAGAGUGGAGGUUGAGGAGAUGGGUCCCAGGAUGGACUUCCGUGUAGGUCGUAUACAAGAGCCUGAGGAGGCCAUGCUGAAGGAGGCCCUGAAGAAGGCCAAGACCACCGAGGAGAGGACCAAGAAGAACGUCUCCAUGGAUGUCAUGGGCGACAAGAUUGGCCGCAUCCAUCUGGGCAAGCAAGACCUGGGCAACCUACAGACGCGGAAGAUGAAGGGGUUGAAGAGAAGCCGGGACCAGGAGCAGGACGAAGGCGACGACGACGACGAGGUCAUGAGUGACGAUGAGAGCAGGAAGCGUAGGAAAUAG